UGUAUGUUUAUGCACACUAAUGACGACGUCGGUUUGGGUGGCUUAAGUAGUAGUCUCAUGUCGUCUAUAUAUAGCCUCCUCCUCAUAUGACAAGCUGCAACAUUCUGCUAGGGUUUCUCUUCAAUCGAUUUUGCUUUCAUCUGGAAUUGGAGGGUUUUUUUAAAGCUGUUUUCUGGAAGCUACCUUCCUUCUCCGCAGCUAUGUACGGAUCAAGAGGGGCAAUGUUGGGGAGCGGGGGGUUUUCAGACGGGUACGAGAUCGGCUCAAAGAGACCAAGAAUGAUGGAAUCAAAUCCCUACUUCGCAGUGAGCAGCAGUGCAAGUGGCUAUCAGCAGGCUUUUGACUAUGAUAGCAGAUUUCAGCCUUCUGCAUUUCCUGUUGUUCGUUUAAGGGGUCUUCCAUUCGAUUGCACUGAAGUUGACAUUUACAAGUUCUUUGCUGGCCUGGACAUUGUGGAUAUUUUUCUGGUCAACAAGGAUGGUAGGUUCUCUGGAGAAGCGUUUGUCGUCUUCGCUGGUCACAUGCAAGUGGAGUAUGCUCUCCAGAGGGAUCGGCAGAACAUGGGGAGGAGAUAUGUAGAGGUUUUCAGCUGCAAGAAGCAAGACUAUUACCAAGCUAUAGCUACUGAGAUGAAGGAAGAAGGUUAUGAAUCUGACUACCGUCCUUCUCCUCCAUCUCGUCCAAAGAGGGCCCAGAACAAAGAUCAACUGGAGUACACAGAGAUAUUGAAGAUGCGCGGUCUCCCAUACCGUUGUACGAAAUCUGAUAUUCUCAAGUUUUUUGGUAAGGAAUUUAACCUCACAGAUGACAAGAUAAACAUUACCUACCGCCGUGAUGGAAAAGCUACUGGUGAUGCGUUUGUGGAAUUUGCUUCGGUUGAGGAGGCCAAGAAAGCUAUGUGCAAGGACAAUGAGGUGAUUGGAUCAAGGUACAUCGAGCUAUUUCCUUCGUCUCCAGAUGAAGCAAGACGAGGUGGGUCAAGGUCACGGCAACGGUAGAGAAGAUUUUCUAGUAUGGAGCUUUUAAAUAGUCGGCUAUUUUCUCUCUUUUCAAUUUGGGUCUAGUCCUCCUGUUAAAAGACUUUCUCCACCCCUUUCCCUCAUUAUAUUAUGUUUUCUAGACAAUAUAUGAAUCUGUGAGACUCUUCGGAUUGUCAAUCUUGGGUGUGUUAGUUGUGGUAUUGGUUAACUCACUUAAACUCUUUCCAUCAUUUGAAAAGUUCUGUUAUCCCGA